AGCAACUUUUAGCAACAAAUCAACCUGCCUCUAGCAACUUACCCUCAAAAUUAGUUGGCAGCACUGGUUCCAUAGUUACUGUCAGGGCCACUACGACUCUUACAGCAUAAAAUGGGUCCCUACACAAUCACCUACUUUGGAGUCCGAGGGCGCUGUGGCGCUAUGAGAAUCAUGAUGGCCGACCAGGGACAGGAAUGGAAGGAGAUCGUGGUGGACUUUGCGGACUGGAUGAAGGGAGAUCUGAAAGCCACUUGUGUAUUUGGUCAGUUGCCCAAGUUAGAAGAUGGAGGAUUUGCCCUGUACCAGUCAAAUGCCAUUCUGAGGCACUUGGGCCGCAAUCAUGAUGCCUAUGGAAAAGAUGACAAGGAGGCUGCCCUCAUUGACAUGAUGUGUGAUGGCGUUGAGGACCUUCGUCUUAAAUACGUAAAAAUGAUUUACCAGGAAUACGAUACUGGUAAAGACGUAUACAUCAAAGACCUUCCUAACCACCUUGACAAGUUUGAAGCUGUGAUGGCCAAAAACAAGACUGGUUUUCUUGUUGGCGACAAGCCUUCCUUUGCUGACUAUAGUCUGUUUGAAGUCCUUCUCAACCACCUGGUGCUCUGCUCCAGUUGCCUGGAUACCUUCCCCUCCCUGAAGAGUUUUGUCGAGAAGAUGUCUGCCCGUCCCAAAAUCAAGACCUUCCUAGACUCUGAAGCCUACAAGAAACUGCCGAUUAACGGCAAUGGCAAACAGUGAAUUCUGCUGAACAAAGGAGGCUAAAUUCCACCCCUUAUACUGUAACCUGAAUGGUCAUGGAUAAUAGCCAUUUUUUUGUGUCCAACUUACACAUUAGCCUACAAUAAGCUUGUAGUUAACUUUAUGUACAAUUGUUAGAUACUAAUGACUUUUGUUUGACAUGAUGAAUUGUAAUUGUCAUUCAUCUGUUCAAAAAAUAAAGGGCUUUUUGAAAAGCACUUUUGAACUUAAA